AUGGAGCCAAACACUAAGCUUGUGGUUAUUACCUUGGUUCUUGCCUUGACACUCACGGCAGCAACGGCACAGUUCUGCGGUAUGAGCGUUGCUGGUUUGUACUCUUGCAAGCCCUAUGUGCAGACUAAGAACCCAUUGACCACCCCGAUUGAUCGGGAGGGCCCUUGCUGCAAAGCCCUGAAAAACGCCGACGACCAGUGUCUCUGCAAGCAGAAAACCAAAACGAAUCCUUUUCUCAGUGGGAUCGACUUUGACCUCGCUUCUAAACUCCCGGAGAUGUGUGGUUUAUCUAAGAUCUACUGCAAAACCAAACUCCUUUUGAAAUUCCUACCUCUUUUAGAAUUAUCCAACGGUUCUAGCAAAGUUUGGGCUUUACCCUCCGGGUUCUUCCCCCGACCCUGGUCGGAGGGACCGUCUCCGCCUCCCCUUCUCGCCGGCAACCUCAUCCCAAGCUCCUAUGUGUCCUCUGGUCAACUUACCUUCGAUGGUGAUGCUUCAGUUGGCGUAUGCAGAGGCAUAUACCGCUGGCUUCUAAUAAGCCUCAAGCUCAGCACUUUCCCUUACACUAGUUGCGCAGAUCCUUCUGAAAGUGCGGCCCGCAAAGAGAGACUGCGACAUGCUGAAGCUCAAGGAGAGCUAGAAGAGGCGGCUGCGGUAGUUGUGCGCUCAUCCUCUGCUACUGCGAGGUUUGAGGAACAGCCUUCUGCUUCCCCUGACAUCGGUUCAAUGCCACGAGCUCCUAUUGCCAGUAGACUGGGAAGCCUCCCUAGAAAAGGCACUGAUUUUGCGUCAUCUUCAAGAGUACCAGCCUUAGCCAGACUUGGCCCGUUAAUGGAUGAGGUCACUGCGGAUGACUCCGUUACCGCGAGUGACACUAUUCCCCCAAAACAGAAGCGGAAGCCGGGGAGACCGCCAGGUAGAAAGACUGUUCAUGCUAGCCCCCUGAAACUGGUGAAUGCAACUCCCCGCAGAAGAAAAGUCCAUUCCACUAAACAACCUCCAGACAGGAAACUCCCUACCGGGCUCGAGCAGAGGGACCGCGUGGCGAAGAAGUGUCCAGCUCUGAUAAUAUUCCGAUUUGCAACAUGA